AUGGCUACUACACUUGUAGAAACUAGUAUUAUUAAUGAAACUUAUCAUUAUAGACCUUUCUCACGAUAUUGGUGGCGAGAAAAUCCUACAAAUAAAAAAAACUAUCCAUUUUUUCCAAUUCGUAUUGGACAAAAAACUAUUACUAUUCUUAACAAACAGAAAUUUAUAAUCACAGUAGUUGCUGGCAAUUCUAUUACUUCCUUUUUAUCUGGUUAUCAAUGCUCUUGUAAUAAUAUUUUGUCAGAAAUAGUUGCUGAUCCAACCACGGCUAUUUCUACAGUAUAUAAAAAUUUAUUCAAAACUAAAACACGUUAUUCAGGACCUCUUGUAAUUGGCUGGUCUAAUGAAAAAAUUAUAUUCCAACUUUUAUUUGAUAUUAAAUUUUGUCCAUUUUCAUUUUUUUUAAAUAACAAAAAUGAAAUUUUUGUAUUUGGAAUUGGUUCAUCAUCAUGUAAAGAGCUAAAAAAAGGUGAAUCCGGUUAUAAGUUAUCAUUAAUUUGUGAAUAUUAUUCUAAAAAAACAUUAUUUGUUUCAAUUAAAGAUGAUUUUAAUUGUUCUCUUGAAAUAUAUCAAGAUUUUAAAUUGAUAAAACAAAUUAAAGGUCGAAUAUCUGAUGAAGUUUGGCAUCCAAUUAGAAUAAAAAAUUUUAAUGGAACACAACUUUUCAGUUUAAAAAACCCUACAACUCAAUUAUAUCUCCAACAACAACAUGUUCCUACAUGCACACUUCUGGGAAUCUCAACAUGGCAUGAAUUUACAUGGUCUGAAAUGGGAGAUAAUGCAGGAUAUAUUUGUGUACGAUCCUUACUAGGAUUUGGACCUUUAUAUAAAUUUAGUCCCUUACAAUUACAAAAAAUUACAAAGGAUUAUGUUUUUGAAAACCCAAAUCCAUCUUUAACUAUUCAUACACAACCAACAAAAACUUGGACCGCUUUUCAUUCUUCUAUUCAAGAAAAUGAAAAAGAAUUAAUUAGUCAAGAAGAGAGUGUAAAUAGCAACAAUAAUUCAAUUUUAAUAAAUCUGGCAGAUAUAACAGACAUGGAAUUAGAUACUCCAUCUAGAAGAUUACUAGGGGUUAUGUUUCAUUCUGGAGCAACCAAUGCAAAACUAAAAAUGAAUACAACUGAAAUGCAUAUGGAGUUAUUACGACGUACACAACUCGGAGAAAUUGAAUACCAAGAUGUGCUCAAGGUGUUCACUAUAGCUAAUUGGAUUAAAAGAAUAUCUCAGGCUGUAAAACAAAGUAUGGCGUUGCAAUUUUUAGAAAAAACUGAUGAAUGA